ACGUUCAACCCGCCAAGAGACAUCAUGUUCCUGCCUUGCUGUCAUUGAUCUAGACUUCUUGAGUUACUUUGCCUUUCCUUAUUCCUUACCGCUAUCGUUUCUAUCGCUACCGUUCUUUUCUGAACCACUCUAUCGUUUGCACUAUCGUUUGGUGUCUUUUUUUCCUUUCGUGGUCACCUUUCCUCUUACCUUUUUCCUUCUUUUGCUAUCGCUAAGUUUACUUUAAAAUAGAAUUAGUGUUUGUGUGCCCGAGUCACCGGCUAAGGGGCUAAGCUGUCCGGGAAUAACGCCACUCUACCAGUUCGUAUUCAAGUGUGCUGACCUUGAAGUAGAACACGAGAAGACGAUGUUUUUGGGCUGCCAGAAAGAAGAUCUCGUCCUGGUUUUAUUCGUGGCAAUUUUCUUUGCUUCGAGCUGUGCUUUGACGGGGAAAAAUAAUCGUCCUGAAGUGACAAUCUCCCAGGGAAUCCUGCGAGGAAAAACACUCACUACUCGCUAUGGUCGAAAUGUAUCAGCGUUUCUCGGAAUUCCUUAUGGGCGACCGCCGAAAGGGGAUCUUAGAUUUACAGCUCCUGUUGCAGCAGAGAGUUGGAACGGAACUCGAGACGCUAGUAUUGAUGGAAAUAUUUGCCCACAAGCCCAAUAUGAUGAAAUUGUAGGAGAUGAGGACUGCCUGUAUAUAAACGUGUAUACUCCACACGAAAUGCUUUCAUCGUGUGAUCCACACAUUAAGGUUCACGAAUGCCCGAAGUCGACACUUUUUCCGGUUAUGGUGUUCUUCUAUGGUGGAGGCUACGUCUCAGGAAGCUUUCUUCCCACGUCGUAUGGUCCAGAGUACAUUCUUGACAAGGAUGUGGUUCUUGUCGUAUUCAAUUAUCGCCUAGGACCAUUGGGAUUUUUGAGCACUGGCGACGAGGUGGCGUCUGGAAAUUGGGGACUAAAGGACCAAAUCUUAGCCUUAAAGUGGGUUCAGGACAAUAUCGCACAUUUUGGUGGUGAUCCUGAUCAAGUGACUUUAUUCGGACAAAGUGCAGGCGGUGCUUCUAUUCACCUCUUGUCGCUGACAAAUGUCACGAUUGGACUCUUUCAUCGAUACAUAACGCAAAGUGGACCGGCACUUUCUUCAUUGGCUUACUUGCCCAGAGCUACUUGUGCGAGGCAUGCAUUCAAACUUGGGGAAUAUGUCGGCUGUUACAACGGAACGUCAGAUUCUUUGAUCAACUGUUUACGGACAGUAAAUAUCUCGGAUAUUAUAGCCGCAUAUCCGAAGUUUCACGUAUGGGAAUCAUAUCCUUUUUCCGUAUGGACUCCAACCGAUGAGCUGGAUAUGGAAGGCGCUGUGCUUACUGCCAGUCCAGCUAAUUUGAUAAGUGCUGGUCACAUCCGUGAUUUACCUUGGAUUUCUGGUAUGACACGGAAUGACGGGCUACUAGAAACUGCAAAGUUUUAUGUCGACGACGUACUGCUGAGUGAUUUUCUGGAAAAUUUUGAUACUCUACUGCCUGUUUUCCUAAUGUCGUCUUAUGCUCCAGAUGUUGUUGCUGAUUUUAUCGAAGCUGUCAAAUUGUAUUACUUCAACGACAAUUUGACAAUCAGUAAUAACGUGCUACUUGAGAAUCUUACUAGACUCGUGAGUGACGAUUUUUUUUACUACCCGGUUUACGAAGCAUUCCAGAAACAGCUUGAACUAGCUGUGAAUCCACAAUAUCUGUACAUUUUCAACUAUCGCGGUACUUUCAGUAACUCUUACUUAGAAACGGAUUCUACAGCUAACUAUGGCACGGCACACUCCGAUGAUUUGAUUUAUCUUUUUCCAUCGGAAGCAAAAUUCUCGGGUAUUGAUAAAACCAUGAGCAUAAUGGAUUAUCAAAUGGUGGACAUUAUGGUGGAGUUGUGGACGUCUUUUGCUAUUAAUGGAACACCUUCGGUUUCAACUUCCAACCGUACUACAAUAUGGAUGCCGUAUUCGAAGGAGCACAAUUACCUACGGAUCGGAAAUGUAUCCAGUGUCGAACUCAAUCUGGAACAUUCCUUCUUCAAAGAACGAGUGCAGUUCUGGGACAGUUUGAAGACCACGUUAAAGUGCGGCGGUCGCAGAAAUUUACGUAAAAGAAGAAAUAGACCACUUGAUUUCAGGUUUAGAAAAAGGAGGAAGAAUAGUAUACCUGUAUGCUGAAAGUAUGUAUGGUAUAAACCGAGUAUAACUGUCCGAAUUAUAAUUUCAACAUUUAGUAUUUUUAUGUUUAACAAUGUUGUCUGAAAUAAUUGUUCAUUAAACUUAAGUAUGGCCGAGCAUUUUUUAAGUAGAUUCAAUUUCAUUAGCUACGAUUAAACUUUUUUUACCUCAUGUGUUGAC